UUGUAAAGAUGCUCGCGCCGAGCUCCUGGUUCAGUUCAUCACUCUCCGUUUAACAGACACAGAUCUGCGACUCUAGUCAUAGAACUUACCUUUCAUUAAGUAAGAUUUUUAUUAAGUCAGACUUUUUAUCGUCUUCGAGAGGGAUAAUUCAUAAAUCUCGUCAGUUUUGUGCAAUAUACGGAACACGGACAUAUAAUAGCCUACUAAUGGCUGAAGCCCGCUAUGAUGAUGGAGAUGAAGGUUUUUCAAAUGCUGUCAUUACGAGAAGAAGAAAUUCAGCAGACCGUUCAGAAAGAAAUAAAACAGACCACUUACAUAUAAGUCAAGGACCCCUUUCUUCAAUCAAAGCAGCCUUUAAGAGAACUUCUGCAAGAGCUCACUCACAACCGGACUGCUCCAGGGAAAGAAGGCGUCCGGAGAUAACCAUCCUAUCAGCAGAGCCAUUAACAGCCACUUCUUGGUAUCCAGGGCCGUCUGGACGAUUUUCAUCCACAGCUUUCACAACACAACCAAUCUGGAGUGAGAGCGUUCUGACCUCUACUCAGCUCCCACCAUCCUAUGAGCAGGUGAUCAAUGAGAAGACUAAGGAGCAGGUUAUCACACCUUUACCAUCCCCACGACGCUCGCACACAACAACUAUUGCCACACAGACUGACUCACUAGACGAGAAUGUGACACAUCCAGAUUCCUGCACGUCCCCGCAGCUGAACCAAAAUCCCAGUGGAGUUUCAGCGAAGCAGCCAAAAAAACCACCUCGGCCAUCACUGCCCUGCAAACCAGAUCGAAAAACCAGAUCCCCUAUAUCCACUCCCAACUCCCAACCCAACGUCGAUCUAGCCUCAACUACACGUCCGGUGCCUCAGCCACGUUCCAAAACAAAACCCCUGAGCCCAUCCAACCAGGUCAAUGUGCAACCUCUGAUACCACUGCAAGACAGCUGGGAAGGUUGUCCUGUAACAAAUGUGGAGACGUCUGAUGCCCAUUCAGGCGAGUAUCUGCAAGAACUCUUAGAUGUCUUCAGCUCUGAACCUCAAAGCGAUCUGAGCAACAGUGUCAACAUCAAGGGAGAGCAGACGAACCAAACUAAAGAGAACCAAAGUGAAAACAUGACCUCCCUUCACAGCGACCGCAACAUCCGUUCAAGAAUACAGUCCUUUGAACAGUCUAGCACAGAGAAUGAAGAAACUUCUGUACCUUUCCCCCGUCCUCGUAAAGUUUAUGCCAAACCACCUGUACUGGCACCAAAACCCUCCAUUGCCCCACGGCCCUCUGUAAAAAAGCCCAAAGAAGAGCAGGUUUCACAAUUUGAAAGUCACUUAUACGAAGAGGUCGAAACACCACCUAUGCCAGCGCCAAGACCUCAACUUUUCAAAAAACCGUCUUUAGACUUUAGAGAUGACUUCAACUUUCAGCCUUCCUUCAGGACAGCCCUCAUUCCUCCAUCACGACCAUCAUUGGUCAGAGUUAAGAAUGUAAGUUCCCAGGAUGAGGAAGAAGUAUUGAAAGGACCUCACACUCCACUCAAGCCCAGCAAAGACCUGCUGAACCUCAACAAUCACAACUCCACUGCACUUCUGUCUAACAUCACAUCCACAGCGAACAUGCUUAGCAGUGACUAUGUGGAUGCUCCCACUAAUCAAUCUCCCAUUAAACCUGCCCGUCAAGGGGGAUUCACCUACAUGGGGAUAAACACACAGGGUGUGACCAAGAGACCCACAGUCAUCAGGGUCCCCAGUAGAACCGACAAAAACCCUGAAGAAACAGCAGAUGUUCCACCACCUUUACCUGUGCAGAAACCUGUGGGCGGCCCACCUACACCUGCUCAACCUUCUCGCAAAGACUCCUUCAGUCUCUCAUCUGAUAUGUCUCUUCCACCACGGCCCAGUGGAGGAAAGGUUCUGCCUCCACGACCGCCACCUGCUAAAACAGGCCCAGGAAGACCUCCUCCUCCACGGAGAGAUGGCUCCCAACGUCGGCCCUCAGAUCCAGGAGUUUCACAAAUAGUGCAAUCAAAACAACAGCAACCUCAAUGGCAGCAACAAAACCGUAGAGCUUCAAAAAAAGGACCUGCCCUACCGCCGAGACCCAACCCUGGACAUCGUCUUUACAACAAAUACACUCUUGAGAUCCCCCACGGUAUUGCUGAUUAUGACUACAAUGGCACUAACACUGGGGAGCUCUCUUUUCAGAAAAAUGAAGUCCUCGUCUUGCUUGAGGAAUUAGACAGCAAAACCUUUGAAUGCCAAGUGGGAAAUGCUAAGGGCACAGUGCAGAAAACACAUAUGAAGAUUAUUAUACCCUUAACAAAUAUACCCAGCAAUCCAGUACCUCCGAAAAACAGUUCUUUUAGUGGUAUGGUGGAAAAUACUGGAUCUUUACAAGUGCAAGCCCUGUAUGACUUCACUCCAGAGGGGCCUGGAGAGCUGAUGUUGAAGGCUGGUGAUGUGGUGUCUAAUGUAGAACAGCUGGAUAGUGAGUGGUACAUGGGAACAUGCAGAAACAUCACUGGAAUAUUUCCCAUUAACUAUGUAAAGACACUGAACAAGCCUGGUACAUCUGUGCCAGCAUCCAGCAAUGAAUGGAAAUCCAAACCAUCUCCUGAUCCUGUCAGAGGCCCAAGGUGUGUUGCGAGGUUUGACUUUGAGGGAGAGCAGAGCGAUGAGCUCUCAUUCUCUGAAGGUGAUGUGAUUCGGCUUAAAGAAUAUGUAGGAGAGGAGUGGGCUCGUGGGGAAGUGAAUGGCCAUGUUGGUAUUUUCCCCCUAAACUUUGUGGAAGUGCUUGAGGAUCUUCCUCCAGUCCCAGUGCAGAAAUCUGUUCCGAAUAAGAUUGCACUGCCUGGAAUGGCCGGUUCACCAAACACACGAAUGUCUUACAAAGCCACUGAGGUUGAAUCUAACGGUGAAGAGUGGGCUGUGGCACUGUAUGACUUCACAGCAGAGACAGAGGAGGAUCUGCCCUUCCAGCAGGGAGACAGGAUCCUGGUCACUGCUCACAUAGAUGACGAAUGGUGGAGCGGACGGAUCAAUGGCAGAGAAGGCUUCUUCCCCAAAGCCUUUGUAGAGAUUGCUACAGGUGGGAGAAAAUGGUAAUGGAAUGCAUAAGCAGAGGCAACCUCAGAAGCAGUGUUUUUCUUCUUCUUCUCCUUCUUCUUUUUUGUUUUUGAUUAGUUUUCAGUUUAAUUGCGUUUGUCUAAUAUAUUUAUAAAUGUGACGUCAUUGUUGAUAUUCCAAAUCCAUUGUAUCCUAAAAAUAUAUUCAUGAACUGCUAUGGA